ACAUUCCUAAACUUCGCCUCUUGUUCUGGUUUACACAGCGGUUCAUAUAUAAUAUCAUGGGUUCACACGGGUGGUCGUCUUGAACGUACCCGAUACGGUCUGUAGAGUACAAAGUGAUUUGAUUACUUUUUAUAGUUAUAUUAUUUACAUGUGAAUGAACAGAUAUGCCUUUUAAUACAGAUGCUGCCGCACAUCAAAUACAGGAUCGGUUGAAGAGUAUUUACAGUUUGGUACACGACUUCGAGAAGAAACAUCAUUUUUCGGAAAACAAUUUAAGCAAUAUCAUUAAAACGCAUGAUAAAUUGAGUCCAGACGAUAGAGUUACUCCAUAUUACCAGCAAAAGUUAAAAGCUAUUUAUAUUGCAGCAAUAUCUGAUGCUACAUCAGAAGAAGAUAUACUACGAAAAUCUCUUGACAAGAUAAAUGAAAUAAGAUUCAUUAGAAACGAACGAAGAAUUCAGGCUCGAAAUGCUGGAAAUAAAGAAACAAUUAGAAGAGGUGCUUUGAUGAAAAUGUUAUUGAGUACAGCACAAACACUUCCUAUUUACGUUGGUAAAUCUAUAGGUGCAAAAGCACCACCUCUCUGUGGGGCAGUGCCUGCAGAACCGACAUAUGUCGCUAAGAUGGGAGAUAUGGUUGCGGCUCUAGUAAAGGGAUCAGAGGAAGAAGAAAACUGGAUACUUGCUGAAGUAGUUAGUUUUAAUGCUACAACUAAUAAAUACGAAGUCGACGACAUCGACGAGGAACAGAAAGAUAGGCAUACCUUAUCACGCAGACGCGUCGUUCCUCUGCCUUUGAUGAGAGCAAAUCCUGAAACUGAUUCUAAUGCGCUAUUUCCAAAAGAGUCAAUAGUAAUGGCUCUUUAUCCUCAAACAACAUGCUUUUACAAAGCUGUUGUGAACCAACUACCAACAACAGCCACUGAGGAGUAUGAGGUUCUCUUCGAGGAUGCAAAUUAUGCUGAUGGCUAUUCCCCGCCAUUAAACGUGGCUCAGCGUUACGUAAUAUCGAUUAAAGAGAGUAAGAAAAAUAAGGGUCAGUCAUAGUUGAUAAGAAAUGUUUAUAAUUGAAUGAAGUAAUAAAUAUUUUACUGUCAAAU